UGGCCGCGCGCAGUUAUACGCAGACAGGAUCGUUGCCUUCGCGAAGUGAAGUUUUGAUGUUUUGGUGAAAAAUCGCGAAUUUUUCAAUGAAAAUAGUUGAGUGAAUUUUCCGAUCGGAUUGUGGUGAUUGUGACCCAGUGGAUUACGAUCGAGAUGGUGUUUGGAUUUUGAUUUCAAAGGUGAAAUAAUUUUGUGAAGAAUUUUAAAGUUUAAUGUCCUUUUUGUGACAAUCGGCGAGAAAAAAAGGUUCUGAGAUUCAAGGAAAACAAAAAUUGUCUCGGCGUUCGAAUUUUUCCAAUGGUGAAAAUUGUUUGAUGAGAUACCUAUUGUUAGUUUGAAAAUCAUUGCUAACUUCGAAUGAUUAUUGUCGAUGUAUUCGGAUAAUGAUAGUGCAAAAUAAAAUUUAAUAAAAAGGAAGAUUCCGACAGAUGAUUUUGGGAUUAGUAAAUUAAUCAAAAUACGAUUACUGUUCCCCUGAAUGCGUGCGGAGUGCGAAAGAUUCAGUGAAGCGAAUAAUGUUUCAUUUCGGAAGUGUUUUACGGUGAAAAUUCCCAAAGGAUAUUCUACUGAUUUGAAUAAGUCGUUCGCCUUGAAAGGAAAAACUGUCUGGGUUUAAUCCGUGGAAGUGCUAAUGGUCGAAAGAAGAAAGGAGUUCUAAUCUUGGACGAUUCUUGGAAGCUAAUCCAUCUAAAUGCCUCCACCCUCUUAAGGCGAUCGCACCGACCGAAUCGAACCACGAGGCACGGUACGAACCCUGCCUGCCUGCGCGGCUGGGGCCAACAGCCAGCUAGGCUAGGCCAAGCCAUCGGCUGGCUGACCAUAAAGGACUCUUCGAUCGUCGCUCUCUCAACAGGAAUAGGCAAAAAGCCUUCGACUCGGUACCAGCAUUAUCCUUUCUCUCGCACAGUUUCGCCUGAAAUCGACUUCGAGAGCGAGCGUGUGAGUCAGUGAGUGAGAGCAGCAGUCAGCGAGCAAGCAAGGACAUUCCACACACGUAGGCUGCUCCGAAUGGGUGAAAGAGCCGAGAGGCCCAUCAGUUGCCAUCGGGCAGAGUUCUGAACCGGUUGUCGUGCGCGUCGGGACACUGAGGAUUGAAAAACGAGGUCACACCGUAUCGUCGCGUACUGCCCCAUCCACCCAGAAGCAAGAGGAAGGGAAGUGGACCCCGAACGGGUGAAGAUAAUACAAUCAAAGUGAUAGAGGCUCGUCGCGCCGCUAGUUCGAGGCUGGAAAUUCGUUAUUCGGUUUUUCGAUAGAACGGUCUCGGUUCGACGAUUUUCGGCGUAAAUUCGGAGUGGUUCCCGUUACGGAGUGCAUCGAAUUGAUCCGCGCUGUCGGGUUUGAUCAAGAAGAAUUAGUUGAGCAACAGCAACAGCAGCAGCAGAAGAAGUGGUAGAAGCAAAUAAUUAAAUAUUCCGCCUGUGCCGUGUGAGCGAGUGUUUGUGCCAGGCAGGAAAGAAAGAGAAUCUACGGAGUGCUGUUGAUGCUUCUCGGGAAGACGAGUGCGGUGCUUGUGUCUAUGUUUCUUUCUAUGCUAGCCCAGCAGGGUGGAGUGCGGGGGAGGGUGAUUAAGUGGAAUGAGUGAGCCUCCUCUGUCGGGUUCGUUCUCGGUGUUUCUAGUCUUCUGCUCCUAGGCAGGCAUAAGCAGACGACGGCCUCCGUCCGUCCAUCCGUGCUUUGUGUGUUCUCCGAAACCUGGAAUUAUUCUCCAUACACUUCAGGUCGUCUUGUCUGAAAAAGCGCUGAAUCCAGGAUUUGUGCCGGUGUGAGUGCGUUUGUGUUUGGUGAAUUCACUCGCCAGGAACGCAAAGAACCCCUCGCCCCUGGGUUGACCGGAGUUGUGAAUGUAUCUGCUGCCGAUGCCAGUUUAGAAGAAACAGACAUGUGAUAAAUGUGAACGAAGCGGUGUUCACCGAAAAGCGAAGAGUCCCAAGAAGAGCACUCAAGUACCAAGUGGCAAGAAGAAUGUGAAAAAAAUGACGAAAAUCCUCGACGAAACUCGACCGAGAUGUGCUUAGACAGUGUUUCGAGGCGUUUUUGUUCUAGUUUGGGAUAAUUUCCAUCAUUUCGGGGGUGAAAAUCGAUAAUCCUCCACUCGAGAGGUGGGAAGCUCUGUGAAUACGUAAAACAAAAAGCACUGAAAGUGUGAAACCAGUGCAUUAGCAUAAUCGCUCCAAAUCCCAGAAAACGGAGCGUACGUGCGUGCGAGAGUGUUGCACGUUCCACAAUGUUGGCCGAAGGAACAUUGCACAAGAAAUACAAGAUCUCUUUAUCGUUGAAUCGUGCCAACGAACCCAGCCAUGACCGCAGCAGUAGCCCCAACAGGAUAGGUCGGAAUCUACUGGUCUCCCGACAACCAACGCAAUCGGACGAUGAUUGCAUCAGUAGCCUUGAUAGUAGGAUCAGUAGUGAUAUCGACAGCUGUCUACGGCUUCGGCCGAACCUGCUGGAUUGCUCCUGCCAAGCGGACUCCAUUAGCGAUUACGGCCACAACGACAUGCUGCCCAGCUGCCGCCGAAUGCCCAGCAUAAGUCACCCCAACUCUAGCACCAGUAGCAGUAGUAGCUCUACCCGCAAAUCCGGCCGGCGGAGACAACGGCGACCGGACACCGUUAAAAAAGUCCGAGUGAGAAACCCCAACCGGACCUUCAUCGCCGAACUGCGACGGUCAACCACCUCCCUAGCGUUAGUCCUAAUUACCACCCUCCUAGUGCUGCUGCACCCCGUCCGGGUAUCCUCGGUGCUGCUGGAUCCGAACGGGGAUGGCACGGGACCGGCCGGGGCGCCAGUGCAGGUCUUCGGCGGCGAUGGCUUCGGCAGUCUGAACCUGGAGAAGAGCAUCGCGGCCGUCUUUAGCCGAGUCGCGUACGGUUCCACCACCACGACCAAGCGUAGCAUACCGGACAACGUGUACGUGCCCAGUCUGACGACCGUUUCGACGCCCCUGCUGACGACGUUUAGGUACCGAGAAAAGGACAAGGAUCCGCUGGGUCUGGGCGGCAGCGGCGGAGGCAGUGGAGCCGGUCUGGGUGACGGAUUCGGCUCCGGGGUGGGUGGACCGCCCGGCAUCGGGCGAGACCCCCACUUCAACCAGCAGCAGAUCAGUGCCAAUCAUCGGAACUACGAACUGGACCUGGAGCGGGACCAUGUGCUGCCCACGUCGGCACCGAACGCGGAAAUCCUCAAGAGCAACAGCAACCCGACCUACCCGAACCCGAACCGGCACCACGGGCACGACCGGCACCGGCACUCCAACUCGACGCCCUAUCCGCAUGGUCACAACAAGAAAGGCUUCCCCACCAACCCGAUGGGGGACAUCCCGUCCUACUCGCCGCCGUCGCGAACCUUCUUCACGCCACCACUGCCUCGCAACUACACCAACCCCUUCGCCGACAAACCGACCUUGCGCGGAACCAACAGCGACAGCACCAUCAUCAACACUGGCAGCUACGUCAACAGGCGGCCACUACCGCCGCCCAGCCUGAUGCCCGGUCACGAGCGGAUCCCCAUUCGGCCGGACCUGAAUGGCUCGGUGAAUCCGCAAAAACCGGCCCUACCGAUGGAACCGGUGGCGGUGAAUGGCGGCGGCGGCGGAGGUGGCUCUGGUGGUCCCGGUGGGGGUCCUCCGUCCAGCUCGUCCCAAUCAAUCGACGCCCAGCGGAAGAAGGCCCUCAACACACCGUCGGAGAAGAGCAACAAGCUGGAUUCGGCGAAAAGCUACGGAGUAGACAGUAAGUUCAUGCUCGAUGGGAACGCGAACUCCAGUGCGAUAUUGCCCAAUGGGAUGCACUUUCCGUCGAUUUCGCGAAUACUCAGCGGUUCCAACGGGCGGACGCAGACCAUUCCGGACGUGUUGCUACGAUCGGUUACUUCGGCACCCCGACCGAACCAGCCUACAUUUGAUCUGAACCCAGCGGUGACUUCGUUAAGUAAUUCGAAAAGUUUAAAUAAGGGGAACGAUAGGAACGAUGGGGAUGAUGAUGGGAUGGAUUUUGAGAAUGGAGGGGAUGGCGGUAGGGAUCAGGACGAUGAGGAUGACGAGGACGAUGAUGACGAUGAUGUAGUUGGGGAGAAGGAGGGGAGUGCGUAUUCGACGCAGGCACAGAGCGUGCUGACAAGUACGAUGAGCUCGUUGGUUCAUUUGUCAUCCUCGUCGUCGCCGAUCACGCAGAAGAUGCCGAAUCUGAAUCUAAAAUCGGUCAUGGUCAAAGCCAAUGCUAGCGGGGAAGACGGUCAAUUAGGUAACGGGUACGGGAAUGAUAGGAAUUUUGCAAGCGAUAUAGAAGAUAUCAACACGUGGACGAUCGCGUUGAACAUUCACGUGUACUUAUCGGCGAUUCUGUUCACAAUACUGGCCGUGUAUUCGAUAUUUAAGAUUAUAUUCUAUGAUAAGUUGACGCACCUCUUCUCGCAAUCGUACUUUAUCAGUAUUCAUUUGAUCUUGAUCAUAAUCUGCCUGUUGCGUAUUUUCUACCUUUGCUAUGACGCUUACAAUCUACACUCUAGUUUUAAUUUGUUUACGUCGGAGCUGCUGCUGAAUUUGCCACUGACGUUCCUGACGACGACGUUCGCGAUAUUGAUUCUGUUUCUGCUGCUGCGAUCGAUCAAUCACAAAACGAAUCGGUACAGUUCGAUCCUGCGCCCUUUGACGAUCAUCAUCGGCUCCGGAGUGCACGUGGGAUUGUGCAUAACGCUGCAUCUGGUGGAGUCGUACGAGAUGCAGCAGUUCUACCACAAGCAAGCCCAACUGAUUGCCAGCAAUCGGGGAGGUCAGGGCGGUCAUGUUCCCACCAAUAUCCAAAUCCCACCGAGAGUGCUGUCGUUGAUCUGCCAGAUUAUUUACAUAUUUAUCUGUUUGUCCUUGGGGAUUCUGUAUCUGUACAUGUAUCGGUUGUUGAAGCGGAUUCUGCACAAGAGCCAGAACUACAUCCAUGGGUAUAACAAUUUGUCGUACGCCAUUCAUAUUACGAUCGCAACGGCGCUGCUGUUCAUCCUGUUGGCGGCGUUGCAGAUCUACGGUGCCAUUAGCAUUAGCUCGCAGACUAAGGUGAAGCUCUCGCCGAAUAGCAAUUUGAACGACAACUCCGCCAAGAAGACGCUGUGGGCACUGCCAAUCGAGAUGAAUUGGUUCCAGUGGGGCUACCAAUUUAGCUUGAGGAUAAUAGAGAUCGUGAUAAUUGCAUUGCUUUCUUGGGUGACGGGGUUAAAGACGGGAACUUCGAAGGUUAUUCAGAGAGAGAAGGACAUGGAACAGCCGAAUGCCAGCGGGUUCGCCCUGUUUCCGUGCACGUCAUCUUCGAGCCAGGAGAAUUUUGAGACUGACUACCCAGCAGUUUGUAACGCUAAUACCAACCUACAUACGUACACGUUGCGGACCGGGAAGCCCAUAUACGAUGAUAACUUUGCGCUGAACUCGUUGAAUUUGGAGCAGAACAGCAACCAGGAUCUACAGCUGGGUCCUGGGGGUGGCGAUUUCCAGCGAUCGAUCGAGACGAACAGCAUGCGAUCGAGUUCGCACAACUACAGCAACAAUUACAACGGAAGUCAGCAGGCCGAGCAGCAUGAUGAUUUUAUGAACGAUAACGAGCAAAUUCCCGAUCAUUACGAGAACCCGAAUUUCGAGCUGAAGCAUCAUCAUCGAGGGGAACCUCGAGAUGGGCCACAGUAUCAUGACAUCAUGGAUAACUGUUAUUCGGAACCGAUCAACGCUCCGCCAUACGAUACGAAGAGCUUGAGGGGCGCUGCAGGUGGUCCUCCGGUUCAUAUACAGCAACCUCCUCGGAACUACGACUUCCAGAACUUUGAACGACCGUCGUUCGACCAGGCGGCUUCCUCGCAGUCAAUUUCCCGUGGAGAGUUCCGGGCGUCGAAGAACCUGAAAACGCUGAAGAGCGGUCAGGCGAACUACGACGGUACGAAUACGGUGGGCCACCACCACUACAACCACUUCAACAACUACAACGAUUCGUUCGAGAGGAGAAUCGGCGUGCGGAAGAGUGGAACGCUGAACAACAUUGGCGGAAUGCACUUCAAUCAGCAUGUUGGGGGAAGUGGGCGGAAUAACAAUAACUCGACCUCGUCGGCUUCAUCUUCGGCUUCGUCCAACAACCGGGGUGCAAUACAACAUCAACAGCAGCUGCAGGGACGACCUCCUCGGGGGAUUGGCCCGGAGCGUCACAUGAACGGUGCUCAGACGUUAAGCACAGCUGGCCGAGGUGGUCCAGAUCAUCACCACCAUCACCAUCAUCAUCCCCAGGCAGCGCCGAGGAAUCUCCCUGGAGGAGAGCUCGUCCACCCGGGAAGUUUUAACGAUCGAUUGGUGAACGGAGGCGGAUUUGUUACCGGAGCUGAUCUGUCGUCCCAGGAUAACAUUAACAAUUGUGAUGAUAACAGCAGCUCGGCGAGCUACUACCACAGCAAGAAGCGUUCGCGGGAGUCGUCCAGCUCGAGCUACACGGGCUUCAACAACAAUGGCAGUGAUCACGGUCCGCCGAACCAUGAUCCGGGCAGUACGUCGCCGACGGUGUCCGGUUCGAACGUUCCGAUCAAUGGGUUGGGUGGUAGCAGCUCGGGUGGUUCCUCGAGUGGAGUUUUGCCUGGUAAGAUGGGCCCUGCCGUGGCGGCGUCGUCGUCGUCCGGGGCGGGUGGCGAAGGCGGUGAUAGCUCGACGAUGCUCGUCGCCGAGCAAGGUUUCGUGCGGUUCCGAGCGCUGGAAGAGCCCACGCUCGGCUCGCGAACCAACAUUAGGGAUAAGAACAAGCUAUUUAUGAAUUCUUAGAGUUUAAUCAGUCGGCAGCAGCAACUGUAAUAAAAUGGCAGCGAUUUUUGCAUUUUCACACAUAGGUUCUUUUUUCGACUUGUAGAAAUUUAGGAUUUACAAUGGCGCAGAAGAGGUGAUACCCAUUCGAUGGUUCACGACUCACGACUUCUCCCCCGCAAAAGCCCCCCCCUCCAUUAGUGAACCGAACAAAUGAAUAAAAACAAAACAAAUGUUGUGUCUCGUUGUAAAUAGUUAGCGCGAAAAUGAAAUGCAAACAAUUCAAGUCAAGUGAUCGAUUUAUUACAUACUAAAGUAAAUUAAAUUGAAAGAAAUCUACGAUUUUUAGUGUUGUAAGGCCCUCCCCCGGAGGUAGUUGUGUAUAAAGUUAGGAGCAGCAAGAUUCCCCUUCAAUUCUUUCGAACAAAUUAAAGGAUAAUCGUCGUCGGCCUACCCUUCGUUGUAAAUUAUCGUUAUUUUCCUAAGUCUUUUCCCCCUUUUCCAUUGCUUAAGACACGAAGAGAAAAAAAUAUGUCGCUUCAAUGUAUAUUAAACUCUAUCUCUCACACCUUCUCGUUCAGAAAAAACAUAAAUUUCCUAUCUCGAUAAAUCACCAACAGAAGCGAAGAAGAAAACAAAAUGCAUUUCUUUCCUCCCAUUCCCCCCUUUGAUUGGCGCAACAACAAAAAAUGUGAAACAAAUUGCAACAUUGGAACUUAGCAGGCGUGGAAAAGAAAAUCCCCGUCUCUUCUCCCCGUUCCCUUCAGAUCAGUGCAAUUAAUUAGUGAGAGAAAUGUUGCAAUUUGCCCCCAAACUACAAACUUAAGAAAGCGAAAACAAAAUGGAUAAAAAAAAUAAAGAAAACAUAAAUGGAACAAGCAACCAAUUGUGAUGAUUUAAUCCGUCGUUUAUCUUUGACACAAAACUGAAAACACAAUACAGAUGAUCACAAACAAACAUACAAACACAGACCCCGCAAAAAAAAAAGCAACCAACAAAACAAGUAGAGUGAAAUAGCACGCAAGCAGAAUCACACGGAAAGAUGAGUUAAGAAGAAGAUUUAAUAGCUGACCGUUUAAUAGUCGUUGCAUUGCAUGUCGGUCGAUGUCGAAUGUUGUGUCAAAGUCGCGCGCACGUAUCGAAGCAGCAGCCAAGGCGCCGAUGAUUUCGUGCAGAUCUAUAUAUGUUUUAAAUGGGAAUAUUUUAAAUACCGAACUUGUGUAUAUUUACAAACUGAUCAGAACCGUGACAGUGACAGUGGCAGUGUUAGUGAACCGAAACGGGAGACGGUCGUCUGAAAUGAGUUAAGCUUUGCGAACAUUAAAGGUCAGAAACUGUAUUAAUAGAUACCGAAUUUAGUUGGUUUUAGUAUUUUAUUGUACUCGUGAGAUGGUUUUAAAUAUUUGUUUUAUUUUUUUAUAUUUUAAAUUAUUUGAAUAUUUAACAUCUUUCGUAAUACUUUUAUUUAGCAGAGCAAGGUGAGUUGAAAGUCGAAUAUUUCUAAAAUCGUAGAUACAAAUGUUUCUUGACAUACGGCCUAUUCCAAAUUUCCAUGAGAAAUCUCGCUUAACUUUUCAAAAUGACCUAAGUAACAUUUUUUCAUGAAAUUAUUUGAAUACUGCAAUCAAUAGCUUUCAUGUUGUUCUGUUGAUUGCGCUAUUCAAAUUAAUUCAUGGAAAAAAUGUUACUUAGGUCCUUUUGAAAAGUUAAGCGAGAAAUCUUUGAUUUUCUUACAAGAAAUUCUUCAGGAAUGCAGAAAAUAAAUCAUUAGCAUUUUCACAAAACAACUUUUGGAAUCUACACGAGAAAUUUUUCAAUAUUUCCACGGGAAAUUCUUCUAAAUAUCUCAUGAACAUUUUAGGAAAAUAAACAAUAAUAUAUCUACGUGAUUUACGGAGGCUAUUUUAUGAAAUUUUCUUGGGAGAUUUUUCGGAAACUUCAAAAAGAUUUUUUU